CCCAUUUAUUUCCAUUCCUACCUCUCUCUCGACUUCCUCUCUUCCUACAACUUUGCCGUGAGAAUCUUGAGUGUGAUUUUUCUGCUUCUUUUCUUGUCAUUUCUCACUUCUCUCUGCCCGUAACCCAUUUUUCCAAUAACUGAAUCUGAUUCAACGGUUGAAACUGAGUUAUUAAGGACUGUAAGAUCAAAUCGAAUUGUCAAAUAUGUGUUGGUACUGAGUUAAAUAUCUGACCACAAUGAGUCCCUUUAGUUACGAAUAAAAUUGCAUUUUGUAAAUUACCAAAAGAAGAUUUAAAGUUUCAAAAUUUCAAUCUUUUUUAAAAUUUUAAAACAUUAAUCUUCUAUCUAUUUACUUUUUCAUUCAGUUAUUGUUCGGAGUACUCGAUUUAUAGCAACCGUUCUUUUUUUUUUCUUUUUCCAAUGGCAUUGAGCACCCAAAGAGCCUCUGCAUCUUUUGUUUCGAAUGAAUCCGCUCCUCGAUGGAAGUAUGAUGUGUUUUUGAGUUUUAGAGGUCUAGACACCCGCAAGGGUUUUGUAUCUCAUUUAUACCAUGAAUUGUGCAAGUGCCAAGGAAUUACAACUUUCUUUGACGAUCGAGAGCUUGAAGGAGGAACAAGUAUUCAUCUUGAGCUCCCGAGUGCAAUCAAGGAAUCACAUAUUGCAAUCGUUGUUCUCUCACCAAACUACGCUUCUUCCAAAUGGUGCUUGAAUGAACUUACAACCAUUCUUCAAUGCAUGGAAGCCAGGAACACAGUUCUGCCAGUCUUUUAUGAGACAGAUCCAUCUGACGUUGGAAAUCAGAGGGGGUCUUUUGCCAAAGCCUUCGAUGAGCAUGAAGAAAAGUUCAUUAGUACCGAAGACAAGAUGAAGGUGACCCAGUGGAGAGAAGCUCUGAAAAAAGUAUCCAAAAUUUCUGGGUGGCAUUCGAAGGAAUCUAAGUGUGAAAGGGAGCUUGUUGAAAAAAUCGUCCAAAGCGUGUGGAGGAAAGUGCAAGCUACAUUCACAUUGUUAGAUUCUUCACAGAAAUUUGUUGGGGUUAAUUUUAGGCUUGAGCAACUAAGUUCGCUAUUAGCUCAUGAUGCGAAUGAUGUUCGCUUUAUAGGGAUAACGGGGAUGGGUGGCAUAGGUAAGACAACCCUUGCUAAGCUAGUUUAUGAUAAAAUCUUCCAUCAUUUUGAAGUUCAUUCCUUCCUAGGAAACAUUAGAGAGGUUUCUAAAAAAGACCGUACUCUAAUUGGUCUUCAAGAAAGACUUCUUUCUCCGAUGUUGAAGGAAAAGGUUAAAGAAAUUUGGGAUGAAGAGUGCGGAAUCAUUUUCAUUAAGAAGUGCUUACGCAAUAAAAAGGUUCUUCUCCUACUCGAUGAUGUGGAUGAUUUAAAACAACUAGAAGUACUGGCUGGAAAUCAAAGUUGGUUUGGUAUGGGAAGUAGAAUUGUGAUUACGACUAGAAAUGAAGGGUUGCUAGUCCAACAUGGUAUAGCAACAUCAUAUAAGAUGCAGGGGUUGAAUUACUGCGAAGCACUUGAGCUCUUUAGUCUGAAUGCCUUUAGGAAAGAACAACCCGAGAAAGACUUUUUGGAACUCUCAGAGCAUUUCCUAAAAUAUGCUAGAGGCCUUCCACUAGUUCUUAAAACAUUGGGGUCUUUUUUGCAUACGAGGGGUCAGGAUGCAUGGAAGAGUGUAUUGGAUAAUAUUCAUACGGUUCCUGAUCCAACAAUUUUCAAUACACUCAAAAUCAGUUAUGACGGACUAGAGGACAUGGAGAAGGGAGUUUUUCUCGAUGUUGCAUGUUUCCACAAAGGGAAGUGCAUGAAGCAAGUUAUUCCAAUACUAGACAAUUCUUUUGAAGUUUCUAGUAGUAUUAUGAUCGAUCUACUAAUUGAGAAAUCUCUCUUAACUGUUGAAAAACGCAUCCAAUAUGAUAAUUCAGCCAAGUACUUCAUAGGGAUGCAUGAUUUGAUACAAGAAAUGGCAUGGACAAUUGUUGGUCAAGAGUCUAAAGAGCCCGGUCUACGGAGUAGGUUGUGGCUUCCCGAUGACAUUUUUCAUAUAUUCACGACCAAUACGGGAACAAGAGCUAUUGAAGGUAUAGGAUUACAGCUACCUGAAAUAGAAGAGGUGCACUGGAGUUGUGAAGCCUUCUCUAAUAUGCAUGGAUUGAGGUUUCUAGAAUUGGACAAUUUGAUCAUUUCUUCAAGUCCCAAGUUUCUUCCAUGUUCUUUGAGAAUUAUAAUUUGGAGUUGGUAUCCUUCCAAGUCUCUUCCACCAAGCUUUCACCCUCGUUUCCUUACCGAACUAAGAAUGCGUCAUAGCAAACUUGUUCGUUUAUGGGAUGGAAAAGAGAACUUUCCCAAGUUGAAAUGUAUUGAUCUGAGCUACUCAAAUAAAUUGAUUGGCAUCCCAGAUUUCACUGGUCUUCCAAAUCUUGAGGAGUUGAUUCUUAUGUGGUGUAAGAAUUUGGUUGAGAUUCACCCAUCUAUUGCAGUUCUUAAAAAACUUAAAGAUUUGAAUCUUUGUGGCUGUAAAAGUAUUAAGAGCCUCCCAAGUAAGGUAGAAAUGGAUUCUCUUGAGUCUUUAAUUCUUACUGAAUGCUCCAAAGUGAAAAAGAUCCCAGAAUUUUCAAACCAGAUGAAAAGUUUGUCCACGCUUUUUUUACGUGGGACUGCGAUUGAGAAAUUACCUUCAUCGAUUGAACAUCUGGUUGGCCUGACUAAACUGAGUAUCAAUACGUGCACAAAAGAGCCAUUUGUUAAUAUGAAAAAUCUCAAAUUUCUUGGGCUUUCUGGACAAGUUGGUAAACCAAGGGAUGAUUGGAGCCUUGUCCGUUUAAUUGGAACUAGAAAGAGUGAUGUUCCUUGUCCAGGUAUGGUGUUGUCUUCUUUAUAUCAUUUGCGUUGUUUGGAGGAGUUAAGACUACGUUAUUGUGAUCUUGGUGAAGGUGAUAUCUCCGAUGAUAUUGGUUGCUUGUCCUCUUUAAAACAGUUAGAUCUUAGUGGAAACAAUUUUGUUACCCUUCCUGCAAGCAUCAAAUGCCUUUCUCGACUUGAGCAUCUUUGUUUGACGGGGUGCCAAAGACUCGAGCAACUGCCAGAUCUUCCGCCAAAUAGGAAAUUACACGUAUAUGUAACUGAUUGUACUUCAUUGAAAAGGUUGUCGGAUCCAUCCAAUUUGUAUGAUUUUGCUUUCAGUUCUCUGAAUUGCAUUACAUUGGUGGAAGAUGAAACCUGGAUCAAAACAAUAUAUUCAAGGAUCGUGAGAUACGCAACUGAGAAAAUCUAUAGUUUUUAUAAUCAUAUUGUCUGCCCCGGAAAGGAGAUUCCCGAGUGGUUCAACAAUCAAACUUCGGGACAUGCGCUAGAUGUGGAGCUACCUCCGCAAUCGUGUAGCAGCUGGAUGGGGAUUGCUUUUUGUGUUGUUUUUGCACAACCUAAGGAGAUCUUGCGUCUUCUUCAAAAACAAAAGGAGAACUGGCCAAAUCUAGCUGACCUUGAAAUUGAUGGAUUCUUGAUUCGGUGUUUACCUCGGACUAACCGUAAACAGAGUACAUGGAGUACAGGGUCCUUUAAAUGGCCUCUUGUUUCUGAACACCUUUGGAUAUUCUAUUUGCCUCGCAAAGAAUGUCUUCAAGAACAGUUUCUAUUUAAAACUUAUUAUACACUCGGAAUGAACGAAUGCAAAGUGAAUGUGGUGAAGAAGUGCGGGGCUCGUUUGGUGUACGAGCAAGAUUUGAAAGAACUCAAACGAACACUGAAAAUCUUGAAGUGAACAUAUGAAUAUUGUAAAGAAGCAGCUUCAAGCCAAAGUCGUAGUUUUGACGACAAAGAACAUACCCGCAGAAGGCACAAGGAAGACAAAUAAUUGUUUCAUGCUCAAUGUCUCAGAGUUUACUCAGAAUCCAUGUUAGUAAGUCACAGCAUAACCUGCAUAAAUUUGAGUAUUACUUUUUUACUCUUGAGCUAUAGAAUUUUAACUAGUGACGAUGCCCGCGCAAUGUUGUGGGUAUUAAAACUGUAUAAAACAUGUUGAAAGUUCUAAAUAGCUAUGAUAUGCAACAGUAUUUACAUUCA